UUACGAAUACUUAGAAAUGAGAUUUAGUGCAAGAAUUAGAAGAUUCGCAUCUUCUUUGUACACUUUCAACAUGCUUUCCUAUUUACCCAUAGUUGUUUACGUUCCAGCUUUGGUUCUAUCUCAAGUUACUGGUUUUCCGAUACAUGCAAUAACUGUAUCGGUUAGUGUCGUUUGCAUUUUUUACACGACAAUUGGAGGAAUUAAGGCCGUAGUUUGGACAGAUGCUUUACAAACUGUAGUGAUGAUUGGAUCGGUUGUAGCUAUUAUUAUCAUUGGUACUGCGAAUUCUGGUGGUAUAAAGCAUGUAAUUGAGGAGUGUAACAAUGGUGAUCUCUUUGAUAUUGAUUAUAGCAUGGAUUUGACUGUAAAGGAUACAGUUUGGUCGUUACUAAUAGCAUCUACUUUCUAUUGGGUGAACUUCAUAGCUGUUGGCCAGAGCAGCGUUCAAAAGUGUUUAGCUUUACCGACUUUCAAAGAAAUUAAGAAAGCCUUUUUCAUAUUCGCAAUUGGAUGGAGCAUACUUCUACUAGGAAGUGUUUACAUCGGUCUACUGAUUUACGCUAAAUACAACAAAUGCGAUCCGCUACUUACUAAGAAGAUUCAAGUCGCAGAUCAGAUAUUGCCUUACUACAUUUUGGAUGUAAUCAGCAAAGUGCCUGGUUUAGGUGGUCUCUUCAUAGCUAGCAUCUUCAGUGGAGGAAUUAGUACUUUAUCUGCAGCUAUGAACGCUCUUUCUUGCACAAUCUACAACGAUUUCGUUGCUGUAUACAUGCCACCUGAGUACCCUCAAAAAAAAGUUGGGAAUAUAUUGAAAUUGAUAGUUGUACUUGUUGGUAUAAUCUGCACUGUUCUUGUAUUCAUCAUUGAACAACUUGGAAGUAUCCUACCCUUAGUCGUUUCUCUACCAAGUAUAUCAGCUGGUCCUUUAAUAGGAUUGUUCCUUGUGGGAAUGCUUGUACCUUCGGUAAACUCAAAAGGCGCUUUGUAUGGGAGCGUUUCAGCUGUUAUUGUAUUAAUCCUAAUGGUAUUUGGAUCAUUCUACUACAAGAUGCAAAAGUUUAUAACAUUCGAAACAAAGCCAACGUCCACUGAGAGUUGUUCGACCACUUUCAACGUCACAUCGAUGUUUCACCCUAAGGAGACAGAUUGGAAGCCGUUUUAUCUAUUCAGGAUAUCGUUUUAUUACUACAACUUGAUCGGCCUAUGCAUCGUGUUUAUCAUCGGAUGGAUUGUCAGCUACUUCUCGAAAGCAGAUCAAAAACAGGUUGAAAAGAAGCUAAUUAGUCCGUUCAUGCAUUGGGCGAUGUUGGAAAAUCUACUUCCUCCCACGUAUAGUGCUGUCAACGAGAAUUUAGAAUUGACGCAAGACGCUACAGUUAAUGAAUAA